AUGACCACGAGUAUCAAUACAACCGACUCAUUCGACGAUGAAGAGGAUCGCCCCGUCUGCACUCACCAAGAGUCAUCACUUGGAAUCAGUCAAGCUCUCAAACCCUCAGGCACUGCUUCAAAGCGUGAUUCCAGAGUCAAGACCUCAUUGCGAGACGAGACACUUCCAGAGGCCUCUGAAACAGACAACCUUUUCAUUUGGGCUCGUUUCUAUAUCUCAUUGUAUUAUAACAAGAUCAUGGUUGGCCUUUUUGGUUGUAUGAAUGGAUGGUCAUGGUACAAUAGAAUCGAUCAGCAUGUUUUAAUAGGCGCGUUACCAACACCGACCCACAUCAAACAACUAACGUCGCGUGAACGAGUGGUUGGCAUCAUCAAUCUAUGUGCAGAGUUCCCAGGAUACCAUCAUUUAUACGAUGAAUUGGGCAUUCAACAAAUCCGAUUGAUCACGAGCGACUUUACUAUUCCAUCAUACGACAAUAUCGAACAAGGUGUUGACUCUAUACUCAAAAUCAUCCAACAAGAAGAUGACCAAGGCUCCGUAUACAUUCAUUGCAAAGCUGGUCGUGGAAGGAGUGCUGCCAUAGCUAUUUGUUACCUGUUACGAGUAUACCAGCUCAAUCCAUCCGAAGCACAAGAGACACUUUUGCGAUGUCGACCGCAGGUUGAUAAGGAUUUAUUUCAAACGGAUGAAGUGCGAAUGUAUUACAAGGAUCUCGUUACUCUCGCCGAAUCAGGAAGAAUAUCACGUAUACCUUGUCCCAUUUAA